AUGUGUGGGCCCGCCUGGGGGCACGUGACAUCACCCGAGGGCCCUCCCGUCACUAUCCCUGACUGGCCACCGUCGAGGCCUGGCUCCUGGGCUCCGUGGGCCGUCUCUGUGCAGGGCCCUGUGUCCGGUCGCGCGCUGGCUGGAGCCUCAGCCAAAAAGGCACAGCUGCUCACGUUCGAUAACAAGGCGGGAAGCAAUUAUCCAGCGCCCACUGUAUACCAGGCACUGAGCUGGGCGAUGGGCAUGCACGGAAAGCGCGGCUCGGAGUCGCUGAGGAGAGUAAACAGCGGGUCACGCGCCCCGCGAGCGCCCGCCCCCGGCCCCGCCCCACUCCCGCUCUCGGCUCCGAUUGGCCCGGUCGGGGGCGGGGCUUGGAGGGGGCGGGGCUUCGCGGCGGCCCGAGCCCGACCGGGCGAUAACUUAACCCCGAUCGCCGCCUCGCCCGGUUCUGGCUCCUGCCCUGUCUCUGUCACGAUGAGGCUUCGGACGGCGGCGCUCCCGCCCCUGCUGCUGCUGCUGCUCCUGCUUGGGCCGGCCGCUCCGGAGGAGCCCGACCUGCCCCCCCGCGAGGACGUGGCGCGCGUGGCGCGGUUCGUGGCCCACGCCUGCAACUGGGGCGCGCUGGCCACCGUGUCCACGGUACCGGCGGUGCGCGGGCGGCCCUUCGCCAACAUCUUCUCCCUCAGCGACGGGCCGGUGGGCCAGAGCAGCGGCGUGCCCUACUUCUACCUCAGCCCGCUCCAGAUGUCCGUGGGGGACCUGCAGGUGAAUCCAACUGCCACUUUGACAAUGUCUUUGGCACAGACUGAUUUUUGCAAGAAACAUGACUAUGAUCCUCAGAGUCCCCUUUGUGCUCAUAUAAUGCUGUCAGGAACAAUCACUAAGGUGAAUGAUACAGAAGUGACCUUUGCAAAAAAGUCAUUAUUCAGUCGUCACCCUGAAAUGGAAUCAUGGCCUUUGGAUCAUAACUGGUUCUUUGCCAAAUUGGCUAUAACCCACAUCUGGGCCAUAGACUUCUUUGGUGGAGCCAAAACAGUGACACCUGAAGAAUAUUUCAAAGCCAAACCUUAG